AUGUCUAUAACACAUCAUUUUUUAUUAUUAGCAACUCUUGUGUUACUGGGACUAGCUAAUGUCGCGUCUGCAAUUACAGCAGCGUGCUUGCCAACGAACCUAAGAAAGAAUGGGAUGAAUAUUAACUUUUACCAGUAUUCGUUAAAGGAUUCAUCAACGUACUCAAAUGCAGAAUACAUGGCUUAUCAAUAUGCAAAUAAAGUUAAACUGGGCUCUGUUAGUGGACAGACGGAUAUUUCCAUCAACUAUAAUCUUCCCUGUGUCACCUCUUCAGGUACAUUUAAGUGCCCCCAAGAAAAUGCUUAUGGGGAUUGGGGAUGUAGAGGUAAAGGUCAGUGCUCCAACAGUCAAGGAAUUUCAUACUGGGGUACAGAUCUUUUUGGAUUCUACACUACCCCAACAAAUGUUACUCUAGAAAUGACAGGUUACUUUUUGCCACCAGAGACAGGAUCUUACACGUUUUCUUUUGCUACAGUAGAUGAUUCAGCAAUUCUAUCAAUUGGUGGUUACGCAGCAUUUGAUUGUUGUGCGCAACAACAACCUCCCAUAACAUCGACAAACUUCACAAUUAAUGGUGUCAAGCCAUGGCAUAAAAGCUUGCCAUCUAACAUCAAAGGUUCUGUCUAUAUGUAUGCUGGUUACUACUAUCCGAUGAAGAUCGUUUACUCUAAUGCUGUUUCAUGGGGUUCACUUCCAAUUAGUGUAACACUGCCAGAUGGUACUAUUGUUAGUGAUGAUUUUGAAGGAUAUGUUUAUUCCUUUGAUAACAAUCUAAGUCAACCUAAUUGUACCAUCUUAGAUCCUUCAAAUUAUACAGCUUCAGACAUUAUAACAACCACGACAGAAGCAUGGACUGGAACAUUCACCACUGAAUCUACCCAGAUGACCACUAUUACCGGGCUUAAUGGGUUGAAAACUGACGAAACCAUCAUUGUCAUUAGAACGCCCACCACUGUCAGCACCGUCACCACCACAACAGAAGCAUGGACUGGCACAUUCACUACUGAAUCCACCCAAAGAACUAUUGUUAACGGUACCAAUGGGUUGAAAACUGACGAAACCAUCAUUGUCAUUAGAACGCCCACCACUGUCAGCACCGUCACCACCACAACAGAAGCAUGGACCGGUACGUUUACCACCGAAUCUACCCAGAUGACCACACUCACUGGCACAAAUGGGCUGGCAACUGACGAAACCAUCAUUGUCAUUAGAACGCCCACCACUGUCAGCACCGUCACCACCACAACAGAAGCAUGGACUGGCACAUUCACUACUGAAUCCACCCAAAGAACUAUUGUUAACGGUACCAAUGGGUUGAAAACUGACGAAACCAUCAUUGUCAUUAGAACGCCCACCACUGUCUGCACCGUCACCACCACAACAGAAGCAUGGACUGGCACAUUCACUACUGAAUCCACCCAAAGAACUAUUGUUAACGGUACCAAUGGGUUGAAAACUGACGAAACCAUCAUUGUCAUUAGAACGCCCACCACUGUCAGCACCGUCACCACCACAACAGAAGCAUGGACUGGCACAUUCACUACUGAAUCCACCCAAAGAACUAUUGUUAACGGUACCAAUGGGUUGAAAACUGACGAAACCAUCAUUGUCAUUAGAACGCCCACCACUGUCUGCACCGUCACCACCACAACAGAAGCAUGGACUGGCACAUUCACUACUGAAUCUACCCAGAUGACCACACUCACUGGCACAAAUGGGCUGGCAACUGACGAAACCAUCAUUGUCAUUAGAACGCCCACCACUGUCAGCACCGUCACCACCACAACAGAAGCAUGGACCGGUACGUUUACCACCGAAUCUACCCAGAUGACCACACUCACUGGCACAAAUGGGCUGGCAACUGACGAAACCAUCAUUGUCAUUAGAACGCCCACCACUGUCAGCACCGUCACCACCACAACAGAAGCAUGGACUGGCACAUUCACUACUGAAUCCACCCAAAGAACUAUUGUUAACGGUACCAAUGGGUUGAAAACUGACGAAACCAUCAUUGUCAUUAGAACGCCCACCACUGUCAGCACCGUCACCACCACAACAGAAGCAUGGACCGGUACGUUUACCACCGAAUCUACCCAGAUGACCACACUCACUGGCACAAAUGGGCUGGCAACUGACGAAACCAUCAUUGUCAUUAGAACGCCCACCACUGUCAGCACCGUCACCACCACAACAGAAGCAUGGACUGGCACAUUCACUACUGAAUCCACCCAAAGAACUAUUGUUAACGGUACCAAUGGGUUGAAAACUGACGAAACCAUCAUUGUCAUUAGAACGCCCACCACUGUCAGCACCGUCACCACCACAACAGAAGCAUGGACCGGUACGUUUACCACCGAAUCUACCCAGAUGACCACACUCACUGGCACAAAUGGGCUGGCAACUGACGAAACCAUCAUUGUCAUUAGAACGCCCACCACUGUCAGCACCGUCACCACCACAACAGAAGCAUGGACCGGUACGUUUACUACCGAAUCUACCCAGAUGACCACACUCACUGGCACAAAUGGGCUGGCAACUGACGAGACCGUCAUUGUUAUCAGAACACCAAGCAGUGUCAGCUCAUCCAGUGCUCCAUCAUCAUCAAGUGUAGCAGGUCUGAUCACCACGACCACUGAACCAUGGUCUGGUAGUUUCACCACCACGACCACGGAAAUGAGCACUUUCACCGGUACGAACGGUAACCCAACUGACGAGACCGUCAUUGUCAUCAGAACACCAAGCAGUGUCAGCUCAUCCAGUGCUCCAUCAUCAUCAAGUGUAGCAGGUUUGAUCAUCACCACCACUGAAGCAUGGUCUGGUACGUUCACCACUGAAUCUACCCAGAUAACCACACUCACUGGCACAAAUGGGCUGGCAACUGACGAAACCGUCAUUGUUAUCAGAACACCAAGCAGUGUCAGCUCAUCCAGUGCUCCAUCAUCAUCAAGUGUAGCAGGUCUGAUCACCACGACCACUGAACCAUGGUCUGGUAGUUUCACCACCACGACCACGGAAAUGAGCACUUUCACCGGUACGAACGGUAACCCAACUGACGAGACCGUCAUUGUCAUCAGAACACCAAGCAGUGUCAGCUCAUCCAGUGCUCCAUCAUCAUCAAGUGUAGCAGGUCUGAUCACCACGACUACUGAACCAUGGUCUGGUACUUUCACCACGACAACCACGGAAAUGAGCACUUUCACUGGUACUAAUGGUAACCCAACUGACGAGACCGUCAUUGUUAUCAGAACACCAAGCAGUGUCAGCUCAUCCAGUGCUCCAUCAUCAUCAAGUGUAGCAGGUCUAAUCACCACGACCACUGAACCAUGGUCUGGUACUUUCACCACCACGACCACUCAAAUGACUAUCGUUAACGGUACUGAUGGCAAUCCAACUGACGAAACUGUUAUUGUUAUCAGAACACCAAGCAGUGUCAGCUCAUCCAGUGCUCAAUCAUCAUCAAGUGUAGCAGGUUUGAUCAUCACCACCACUGAAGCAUGGUCUGGUACGUUCACCACUGAAUCUACCCAGAUAACCACACUCACUGGCACAAAUGGGCUGGCAACUGACGAAACCGUCAUUGUUAUCAGAACACCAAGCAGUGUCAGCUCAUCCAGUGCUCCAUCAUCAUCAAGUGUAGCAGGUCUAAUCACCACGACCACUGAACCAUGGUCUGGUACUUUCACCACCACGACCACUCAAAUGACUAUCGUUAACGGUACUGAUGGCAAUCCAACUGACGAAACUGUUAUUGUUAUCAGAACACCAAGCAGUGUCAGCUCAUCCAGUGCUCAAUCAUCAUCAAGUGUAGCAGGUUUGAUCAUCACCACCACUGAAGCAUGGUCUGGUACGUUCACCACUGAAUCUACCCAGAUAACCACACUCACUGGCACAAAUGGGCUGGCAACUGACGAAACCGUCAUUGUUAUCAGAACACCAAGCAGUGUCAGCUCAUCCAGUGCUCCAUCAUCAUCAAGUGUAGCAGGUUUGAUCAUCACCACCACUGAAGCAUGGUCUGGUACGUUCACCACUGAAUCUACCCAGAUAACCACACUCACUGGCACAAAUGGGCUGGCAACUGACGAAACCGUCAUUGUUAUCAGAACACCAAGCAGUGUCAGCUCAUCCAGUGCUCCAUCAUCAUCAAGUGUAGCAGGUCUAAUCACCACGACCACUGAACCAUGGUCUGGUACUUUCACCACCACGACCACUCAAAUGACUAUCGUUAACGGUACUGAUGGCAAUCCAACUGACGAAACUGUUAUUGUUAUCAGAACACCAAGCAGUGUCAGCUCAUCCAGUGCUCAAUCAUCAUCAAGUGUAGCAGGUCUGAUCACCACGACCACUGAACCAUGGUCUGGUACUUUCACCACCACGACCACGGAAAUGAGCACUUUCACCGGUACGAACGGUAACCCAACUGACGAGACCGUCAUUGUUAUCAGAACACCAAGCAGUGUCAGCUCAUCCAGUGCUCCAUCAUCAUCAAGUGUAGCAGGUCUGAUCACCACGACUACUGAACCAUGGUCUGGUACUUUCACCACGACAACCACGGAAAUGAGCACUUUCACUGGUACUAAUGGUAACCCAACUGACGAGACCGUCAUUGUUAUCAGAACACCAAGCAGUGUCAGCUCAUCCAGUGCUCCAUCAUCAUCAAGUGUAGCAGGUCUAAUCACCACGACCACUGAACCAUGGUCUGGUACUUUCACCACCACGACCACUCAAAUGACUAUCGUUAACGGUACUGAUGGCAAUCCAACUGACGAAACUGUUAUUGUUAUCAGAACACCAAGCAGUGUCAGCUCAUCCAGUGCUCAAUCAUCAUCAAGUGUAGCAGGUCUGAUCACCACGACCACUGAACCAUGGUCUGGUACUUUCACCACCACGACCACUCAAAUGACUAUCGUUAACGGUACUGAUGGCAAUCCAACUGACGAGACCGUCAUUGUUAUCAGAACACCAAGCAGUGUCAGCUCAUCCAGUGCUCCAUCAUCAUCAAGUGUAGCAGGUCUGAUCACCACGACUACUGAACCAUGGUCUGGUACUUUCACCACGACAACCACGGAAAUGAGCACUUUCACUGGUACUAAUGGUAACCCAACUGACGAGACCGUCAUUGUUAUCAAAACCCGAAGCAGUGCCAGCCCAUCUAGUGUUACAUCAUUCACUCCAGGAAGUGUCAUUAGUUCUGUCACACCUUCUCACCCAAUUAUCACGCCCUUGUACCCCAGCAACGGAAGUUCAGUUAUCAGUUCUUCUACUGAAUUCAAGGAACACCAAAUAACGGUAAAUUCAAUAUCUACCCUGAUGUGUUCCUCUUGUGAGUCAUCUGUAUCCAUAUUUACAUCUUCUGUUAUAAGCACUAGUCCUUCCGAAACUCAAACUGGUCGAAUUGAUUCUUCUGGCAGCAACUUUAAAAAUUAUGAAACGAGUUACUCUUUUACCUCUAGUUUAGUAAUUUCUAAGACCUCUAGACCUUUUGCCAUUCAAUAUUCAUCUUCCAUUCCCACUACUGGUAUUGUCAGUGUUGCAAUUGAAUCCGAGCUUCCUGACAGUAACACAGAAAUUAUUGGUUUAACUUCUACAUCAUCAUCCAACACACAAAAUACCGGAAACAAAAUUAUUCCUGGACUCUACCAUGACCCUACUACUACCCAAAAAAUAACUACAACGGCUACAAAAAGAAGUGAGAAAAUCACUUCGGUUACUGUAACUUCCUGUAAAUCUCAUAUGUGUACUGAAUCGAUUUUCUCUGUCGCCGUUACCACAGCCACAACUACCGUUAGCAGUAUAACUACAAAAUAUAACACGUGGGACCCUAUUUCUAGUGUAGGCUCAACAGAAAAAAAUUCAUUAUUUACAGACACUCCUUGUGAGUCUAGUAUCUGUUUCAACACCGUUCCACCUGCUAUUAUCUCUACAACCACAACUCCUAUCAAUUAUGUCACUACAGUUAAUCCCACACUGAACCCACAGACUACAAAUGAGGCAGAUGCUAGUUCCGGAAUUCUCACUAGCACCACUGGUGCUCGUACUAGUUCAGAAUCUGCUAUAGCAAACACAAUAAGUAACAGAAACGGUGCAUUAUCGUCUUCAGGAUCUGGUCAUGCUGAAGCACACUCAAAAAUUACGACCAAUAAUAUCAGCAACAUAAAUACCAUUUCCUUCUCAUCAGAAACUGCUAACACCAGGAAAUCUACAACUUCGCAGUUGGGCAUUGUCUCCCAACAAUCUCUUACCACCUACAUAAGUGCAAUGCUUCAAUUCAGUUCUGCCUCUUUAGAAAUAUCAAGCUACUUAGGUAUCGCGAAUGAUCUAGUAGCCAAUAGUGCUCUAUGUGUCUUUAUUUCCUCCGUAUUGCUGGCAAUCGUAUGA